AUUUGUUCCAGAAAUUCAACAGAAUCAUGCAAGCAGCUCAAAAGAAAAAAUCUCCACAAGAAACUGUGUUGUUGAGGCAUCCACGACCCAAGUAUGAUUUCCAAGGGAAAAAACUUGCCAAGAAAACAAAUAAACAAAUAACUUCAAAACCAGAACCAGAUCAGAUCACCUCCCAAGCACCUCCCACACAGACAAUAGUAGCCAAGCCAAGGGAGUUAUCUGACAACCAACAGCAAGUGCAACAUUUUGCUGAGCAUGACUUUAAAACUAAGAGUGCUGGUAUUGUCAGGCCAGUACCUGCAGUGAGUGCACCUGCUGUACAGACCACAGUCCAGACUAUUCAACUUCCACAAAAACCAAUACAGGUGAUAGCCCCUGUGACGGGCGGUACUCCACUGUCAAGGGAGAGCCGUUUCACUGUGCCAAGCCCCUCCUCCACAAUUCUCCAACUUGAACAAGAGUUAGGAGUGGUCAGGCCCAGCAAGGAUGAAUACGAUCGACUGAAGCAGGAAAACGAGCAGCUAAAACAGGAUCUAGAUGUUCAGCACAAGGUGAAUACAGAGCUGAAGAAGCUGCUGAUUGCUUCUGUUGGAGAGGAUCUGGAGAGGCGUGUUGAGAGACUGGCUCGAGACAAGGCCGAGUUGUCGAUGGAGGUCGGGGGCUACACCAGGAAGGUGACGGAGGACUACGAGAACCUGGACAAGGUGUCCAUCCAGGCCGAUAUGUGGCGCACCAAGUUCCUUGCUAGCAGAGUGAUGAUUGACGAGCUGGCCAGUGCCCGAGCCUUCUACUCGCUUCAAUACCAGGAGUCCCAGGAUGCACUGCAACAGCUGCUCACAGAGAGGCAUGAGUUGCGGGCAAACCUACUGGAAACCAUGAAGUGUCUUCAGCAAGUGAAAGGGGCCUUCGAUCCCCUGAAUGCUCACAAGUCGACAAAUCUACUGUCUACAAACGUCAUCGACCUGGCUCGAAUGUCCCAACAGUUGUCGGAGGCAAUCCGGUACCGCCUCCUACCCGGCAAACUCAACAUCCAGACCAUCAUCAACAUCGAGGACCAACUGGACAACUCCAUGACCCACGCGGAGAGCUUCGCCAACCAGCUGGUUGCAAGACAAACUAAGCUGGAUCCUGUACAUAAGUCUGUAUCAGGGAAUCUGUUUGGCCCCGGGUCACGUGUCGAGAGGUUCCACCCUGAUGCUCGCUACGACAACUUGACUGUCAACUGUUGUGCCCACUGCAAGGGGGAAAUCAGCGUGCUGUGAACAGAGAUGAAGAAACAGAGAGGGGAAACAGAGAAGAGGAAAAGGAGAGAAGACUAACAAACGUGUCAUAAACACAUAAAAAGAGAAGAAACGUCACAACAUCGUCACAGAUUUUUAUUUUAAAUCAAAUAAUGCUGAACUUUAGAUACAAAUAUCCCUAUCAUUGGUAUGAGUCCACGUGAUAUCCCCAAUGAUAAAAUGUUGUGUUUUAUUUUUUACCGGUAAUGGGAUAUGAAACAGAUCGGUAGUACCUACAUACCCAAUGUUUUUAUAUAUAUUUGUGGUUAACUAUGGUAACUGAUGCUUUAUGAACCAGUGCAAUUUGGAUUUCAGCUUUGAUGUAUAUUAUACAUUGAAAUUGUGUUAACCGUAACUCUGUGUAAAUCAGUAUUGUGCUGAAGACAGAGGUGAGCGUAUUGUUUGUUGGCUGACAAGAAGAUUGCUUGCUUUGCAUCCUGCCCCGGUGACAUAGGCUGGUGCUCACAAUAUCAUACAGCUGGAAUAUUUGUGGGUGCCAAGUAAACACUUUUCAAUACUUUGGUCAGAACCCCAUUUGUUUCAAAUCUGUGAAUAACCUAUCAUGUACUCCAAGGUGCCCCAUGCGUAAUGUAUGAUGGUGUGUUCAGACAGAACCUUCUGUUUGUCAUGCAGGACAUACAUACAAGGCAAACAAUCGGUGAAGACUUUGCUGAUGAGGUAACUGCAGGGGUGGAAGUAACUUUAAAAUUGCUAGUGUACUCUGGUACAGUGGCACACGUAAACUCACUUGCCCUGAUAAUGUUUCCACUGUACCUGUAAAAUAUAUUGAUACAACAUGACGAUGACCAUUACUGUAUGGACAGUGUGUAGUAACACACAGUAUAACAGUUUAAACAACAAUAAUAAACUACCUAUUAAAUUCAAUAUCUAAGAACUAAGAAAGGUAAACUGUGAAAUAUUUUAUCACCAAAACGAAAGAGAACUGGCCGAUAAACAAAAGAAAACAUUGAUAUUUUCUUGUUGAUUAUAUAAAUAAUAAUAACAUAAUUAACAUUGGAAUGUCAACUGGACACUGGUACAGCGUGAUAUACAAAUUUGCUUGCCUGACAGAAAAAAACACUGGACUGGGAUGUUGGGCAGUGGGUUAUUUCCACCCCUGUAUCUGGUUUUGGAAACUGUGUGAUGAGAAGAUAAUCAUGAGAACUCCGCAGUUUAACUCCUUGAACCUUUUCCAAUGUUCCUCAAGUCAGCGUGUUUACAUGUAGGGGAGGUAACUCCUCCAUGUCUAUGCGACCUCCUGCUAUGGAAGGUGAUUUGUGUUGGUGUAGUCAGUCGGUGAUGAGUGACCACGUGAUAGUUCUCAUCUUUUGUAUGUUGAUAUGUUCUGUACUUCCAGAACUGAGAGAACAGCGAAAAACCUGUGUUUCACUUGCUCACUUUAAUCCAUUUAAAUAGAAAAUAUGAUAUCUGAAAGAAUCUUACUUUUUAUUAUAAUUUGUUGGUAGAUAUUAUGUGGUUAUGAUUAAUCUCAAAUAUAGAACGAAAGUUUUUAUUCUGUUAAUAUAUUACAAAAGUCAUACUGAUUUUGUAUAUUUUAAGAUGUUAAAGUAGGUCUAAAGUCUUUGCAAGUGGGACAACAGCCAGUCGUUUAAGAUGAAUGUUUUUGUUUCAGUGAAUAUUGACAUUGAUCAAAGUACAUUGAUCAUGUUAAAACCCGAUUAACCAUCCCAAACUGGGUUCCACAGGAGAUAUUUGUGUAAAGAAAUGAUCCCACAAUGCCUUGCAGACCAUUUUGGUGUCAUCUUUUUACCAUAAGCAGAGAUGCCAACCCUUACGCCUUGGGCGUAAUUAUGACGAUUUGACCAUUAAAUUACGCCAUUACACUUAAUCUGCGAAAAUUAGGCUUUUCCACUCGUUUUGCAAAAAUCAAUAAAGUGGAUAAAAUUUCACAGGGAAUUUUUUUCGUAACGCACAGGUGAAGGGGUUCAGAAACGGCCUUACACCGAUUGGAAUCGCUUACUCUUAGCAUCGAGCUCAUUCCAAUUGACUUGCAAGGAAUUUAAGUAUUUGUGUCGCCUGACCAACAAUUUUCUAUGUAUGGAAAUUCAUAAUGAUUGGUCACAUGUAUUUCUGUCUAGAAUCUUUCCUAUUCAUGUGAAUGAUCAUUUUAAAAAGUAAUUUUUAUAAAGGUAAUACCUUUCACUAAGUAAGUGUUUUUAGUAUUACACUUUUUAGGUCCAAAUUACACUUUUUCACCUCCAGUAUUACACUUAGGCCCAAAAUAGGGUUGGCAUCUCUGCAUAAUGUCAGGAUCACAUAACAUCAAUAAUCUCUCGCCACCAAAAAAGGGUUAUCUGUGUUUUUACAGUUACUGCUGUAUAGAAGAUUGAGGAAGGUGGAAGAGUUACUGGUAUAUAGAAUCUCAGUUUUGUGUUUUGUUGCAAUGGUAGUUUAAAUUUUGAUUCAUGUUGAUCUGUUUGAUAACAAGAGAUUGAGAUUGUGUAUGUGUACAUGGAAAAUGUGUGUGUACUGAAGGGAACUCAAGAAGUGCCGACUUUAGGAGAUACACCGUCUGUUAGACUGUUAGAGGAGUAUUGCUAAUUUGAUACAACAGCGGCAUAUCAGGGGAUAUGAUACCUUGACACUUCUCUUGGAGUUAUCCCAUUCUUACAUUCACCAACAUAAUGUGUAACAAUGAUGUGUUACCAUGGAAACUUGUUAUUCCAGACAUUUACUGUCCAGGUUUACAGGAUUUCACUAACUAUGACAGCUUGAUAGGCUGUGGAUCUAUGGGAGUAUGUAGCCAAUGUGCUGUACCUCAUGUUGUGAUAUGUACCAUAUUGUCGUGACUCAUGUCUUGUAUAUCAGUGUUACAAUUGUAUAUCAUUAUAUAUCUUGUAUAUCAUUGUAUCAGUGUGUAUAUAUAUAUAUUAUUCUAGUCAAAUUGUCUUCUGAUUGGAUAAUGAUUUUCCUAUCAGUCAGACCUGCAGACUCUGUGCCACAGACAACAAUGAAUUUAUCAUUUAUUUUUCAUAUACAGUGUCAUGGGCAGCAGGAACCUUUUUUAAUUUUUGUUAAACAAACUAGAAGAGGAAUCUUCACCUGAAUUGUGGAUUUUGUGGUUUACAUUCAAGUUAAAGAAUAGAGCCACACAUCCACUUUAAGAAUGCUGCUUCAAGAAAGAAGGAACACAAAUGAUAAAGUCUAGUAAUUAUUUCAUUGUUGCCUUAGGUCUUUUGGUUUGUUGAAAGAGGACUGACAGGAUUGUGAUUUACUGUGGAAUUUUUGUGGGUCCAUGUCUGUGACACACAAGUAACCCUUUCACUGUCAAACAAAUCUUUUAUUGCAAACUGAGACAUAAAGCAACUUUGUCUCUUUUCUCUUUGGGGUGAUCGGUAGUCCAGUGGUUAAAGUGUUCACUCAUUAUGCCGACCUGGGUUUGAUUCCCUGCAUGGUUCAAUGUGUGGAAAACACACUUCUGGUUGACUGUCUCAAGGUGUUGCUGGAGUCUUCAACUGGCAUAAAACAAUACUCACUCUCUGGCUACAGCUGUGGGGCAUGUAUCGGAUCAUAAUCAGCAUUAAGGUAGAUCUGUGUACACAUCAACUUACUAACACAUGUACGCAGGUGCAGAUACAGAUCAUGAUCAGCAUUAAGGUAGAUCUGUGUACACGUCAACUCACUAACACAUGUACGCAGGUGCAGAUACAGAUCAUGAUCAGCAUUAAGGUAGAUCUGUGUACACGUCAACUCACUAACACAUGUACGCAGGUGCAGAUAUUGUAUGAAGAGGUGUGACAUGAACUGUAUGCUGUAUAAGGUUGAGGAUAUCUAACAGUGCUAUAUCAUGUGUAUUGUACCGGUAUGUAUUUACACUAGUUGUUAAAGGACAUAGGCAUAAAAUAUUCUAAGCUUUAAUUUUUGCAGCAUCUCAUUUUGUUACGGUAACCAAAUUGUUUUUAUGUAGUUCAGGUGGUUUAGCAGCAGUACAACUCUGUUUAUGUGCAAUAUUUGGUUAUAAUACCAUCCAAGGACUCCUUGAAGAAACUUGUGUUAUGCCUAUGAUGGCAUCAUUAUGGGAGUUCUUACCAUUUUGUGUAAUGGAAUUUUUAUUUGUUUUGUUGAGUUACACAUGAAAAAUCUCAAUACCUUUUUUUCAGUUUUAAAUGUAAUCAUUUAAGGUUCAUGGAAACCAUUUUUAUAUAAUUACAUAUCAUCCAAAACUGGCUUCCGAUGAUGAUGAUGAUGGAAUCUAGCCUAAUUUCUUUUGCUAUUACGUGUGUCUGGUCAAGACUCCAGACCGCCACCAUAUAGCUGGAAUUUUGCUGAGUGUGGCGUAAAACUAAACUCACUCACUCACUGCUAUUAAGUGUAUGAACACCCUUCAGUAAAAGCUUUCUCUUAUGUUGAUAUGUUCAGUAUCAAAAGAUGUAGGGUGAAGUAAACUGUCAGUCAUCUCGCAGAGCUCUGACACACGUCUAACUGUCAGUCAUCACACAGAGCUCUGACACACGUCUGUCAGUCAUCACACAGAGCUCUGACACACGUCUGUCAGUCAUCACACAGAGCUCUGACACACGUCUAACUGUUUAGUUUUUGUGUAAACCAGACAUCUAUUUCAUCGUCAGCCAGCUGUGAGCUGCUGAAGAAGAGAACAUCAGAUUGUUAUGGUAAUGAGGCAGGGAGUCAAGGGGAGGUAAUUGGUAUUGAUGACUCAGUCAAGGGGAGGUAAUUGGUAUUGAUCGUUCAGUGAUGGGAGCAGUCUCUUUAUGGGAAUUAGGGGUGCUUCACAAUCUGCAUGUGCAAAUAACUCUUUUAGUGCUGGGGGAACAGCAAGAACAGCGUAGUGACGGUUAUGAAUGUUAAAUGUGACUUAAUGUACAGAUUUCAUUAAGUCUCUUUAAGUAUCACAAUGAAUUUCAUAGUAUGGGAAUUUCACAUUCCAAACUCGUUUCACUAAUUGGGUAAUGAUCAUCAGGGCUGUGGAGAGUGUAGUGUCACUGUGGUAUCCAUGGAGACUGGUGUAUACAAAUUGUGAAUCUUAUUGAUCCACAGUCAUUCUUUUCAUAGCUUCACCUUGCCCAACUUCUUUGCAAACAAAAUAACCAUAACCUUAUUUGAUUUCAUGGGACUCUGUUAGCUCGAUGGAAACUAUUGGUCUGGGCUUAGUUCUCCUUUUGGUGUCCUUGGUCCAAAUAUGGUUGAUUCAUUCGUAUUCAUUUGGGUCCCCCUUUCUCUAAAAAGACCAUUAAAAUAGUGUACCGUUUGAUAUGGUUAUUUUUCGGGUUGGAGACAGGUUCUGUUCAGGAUUUAUGACAUUGUGUUAUGUGCAAGAAUCCAAUUCUUUAUCAUGAGAAACGGAACUUUCAAAUGGGUGCAGUUGGAUGUUGUGAUACUACACCGGACUUUUUUGUGUUAAAUUUGUUUUAUUGUACUUUCCAAAAUGUGGAAUCUUUUAAUCUACCAGUAACUCUACCCGCCUUGUCAUAUAGCGCAGAGAAAACAGAAUGUUACAAUAAUGAUAGUAAUAAUAAUCGUAAUUAUUGUUUUAAAAACUGGUAAUGUAUGUUGGCAUGUGGUCCUUUGUACAGCCCACAAGUCACAGAGCAGUUUGUCACAGGGACUGGACUAGAUGGGUAUCCAAUGGAUGAUUCUGAGAGUUAUAUAGCCUUUGGUCCAGACACAGACUACAUGUGGUGUCUCCUGGUCACUCCUUCUCUUUGCACAUAUCAGUAAAUGGGUACCCAGUAGGAUUCAAUGGCAGUGUGGCUGUUCACCCUCCAGCUACUCGUGAGACAGCUCGGGUUGUACAUUCCUCAGGGAGCUGAUAAUGAAAAUUCAAGAAAUGAUUCAUUGACUUGGGUAAAAAUAUAGAACUCUGAGCAUGGAUUGGUGUGGAUUUGGUGCAUGGUGAAUGUUAGAGAGGCCUGUUAACUGUGUGGACAUUCAAGUAAAGAUAGAUGUAGAAAGACUCCUUUCUAUAUCUCCCUAUCAGUGGUGCUGAAUUCAAUGGCUUGUGUAAAAUGUGAGCAAAAUGGAGUGUGGUGUCAGAAUAUCAGAAAGAUAUGAAUAUUUCAUAUUGAUGUGAUGAAGUGUAUAUUAAUGAAAAAAUGAUGGUCCGGUUGUAAAGUAUACAUGAAAUGUUGCAUCUUUGUACAAAAGUUUAACUAAAAGUGCAAAUAUAUAUUUUAAUAAAUAUCCUGUUAAUCCA